AUGGACGCUACCACACAAAUGCAGCCUCUGGCUGACCGCUCAACCAACACCCACCUUGCCAAUGCCAACGUUGACAAGACAGACAUGAAGUCUGCUGAUCUGUCUUCAAUGGAGUACCACAGACAGAUGCUGCAAGGCAAGCAGGACAGUGGCGAGAAGCAACCAGCUGCCUACGUCUCUCCUUCUGACGAUAUUAUGAGCCCCUGCACAAAGAAGCUGAGCGACAUCAAGGGCAAGCGGUUCAAGAAGUACGUCUUCAUCCGAUCCCGAUCCCACCAAGUCCAAUCCAUCGAUGGAUCGAUCGACUUCAAGAAAAAUCACGAAUUCGUCGCUAACAUAUUGCGCAGUGCCGGCAAGCCCCAGUCCCUCUUUGCCAAGCUAGGCAAGAAGAACUACGAACAAUCCGCAUCAGCCGAGCAGGGUCGGAACACAGAAUAA